AAACAAGCAGAUCAUUAUAUACAUAUAACAUUAUAAGUUACCUCGCCUGCAAAUAAUGUGUAGCAUCAUGGAAGUGAGAGAACCGGUUUUAGUUUCAACUGAACUUGAUCUGUCCACUGUCCAAGUCAGCCUAGAAAUCCCAGAACUUCAAGUGAACCAUAGUGUCUUUCACCCAUCAACACCAAGUAAUGCCGAAGUCACAAUCACAUUUGAAGGAAGAUGGCUUCAAGUGGACAUCAAAAUCGAGGAAAAAAAUUUGAUUUACAAGUUCAAAACUAAAAAGUUACCAGGAGCAAUUACCAUUUGUGCCUCACAGUACGAAAAUGGCAAGAUUAUUCUUUUUCUCACAAAGGAAAAAGCAGAGUCCUGGGCAGCCGCCCUUGCGUCUGGGCUGGAAACAGAAAAAGCUUGAGUAUUUUACAGCACUGCAUCUUGGAGAAACAAGAUACGUUUUAAUAGAAAUAACUAACCCAAACUUUGUAUAUCUAAAUACAUAUAUAUAUUAAAUUGUGCGUGUAUAUUGUUUCAUACAUAUAUUUAUACUUUUGAUUGUACUUUAUAAUCUCUGA